AUGUAUCCUUGUAAAUGUAUACCCAAAAAUAAAAAUCAACCGAAAAGAAGAAAAUAUAUAACCGAUAGAAAAUGUAUGACUAAAAUAUCAACAGAAGAAAAUUUAGAAAUUGAUACACAAAAAUCAGACACCGCUAUCGAAACAACACCUCUAACUUCUUUUACUGAUUCCUCAUUUAAUUUGGAUAAUAGAAAUACCUGUCUUAAUGUUGAUUGUGAUUCAGAACCUGAUAGAUCAAAUCCCCCCUGGAAAGUAUUUUUGCAAGAAAAUGUUAUCGAAGAAUCGAUAAAAUCCACACAAGAAGAUUCCGUUAAUAAAAUAUCUUUGUGGGAUGAAAUAAUGAUGGGUAAUUUUCUUUUAAAUAUUUAUGGUACAAAAUACUAUGACAAACAAUUUACAUUUGAAAGAUUGCAAAAUUUAGAAAAACCUUUUGAACCUACAUUACCUGUUUCUAAAAAACUUUCUGCUGUACAAUACCUUGAUAAGUAUAUAUUUAAUAUUUUAUGUCCAAUAUUAGAAGAAACACUUUUUAAAGCAAAAGAAGGGGAUUGUUUAAUGAUACAGAAAUGUCGUUUUAACGGUUUAGAUUACAUAGCUGAAUUGUUAUGGAACAGAAAUCCACUUCACCCCAAAAGGCAUAAAAGUCACAGAGAUAUUUUUGAUAUUCCCUAUGUAAUAAUUUGGCUAAAUUACCAUCCCCGACCUAUUUAUCCUCUUUCUUGGCUCUGGACCAAAGAUGAGGCCAUUAUAGUCAUGCAAAGUUACAUACGACGAUAUUUAGUUUGUAAAGAAGAAGAAUGCUCGGAAAUGAGACAAUUUUGGAAGAUUUUAAAAGUUGAAAAAGAAGAAAAAGAACGCUUAGAAAGGGAAAAACUAAUUGAAGAAUUAGAGGUUAUGUUUAAUGAAAUAUUAAACCAACUGAUAAUAAAUGCAGUUUAUGAAGCUGAAUAUAAAAUACAUGGCUGUCAUUGCAAUAAAAAACCGUGUCAUUGUAAAUGUAGAUGUAAUAAAUGGUGUAAAUGUUGUGAUUGUUCUAAAAAGAAGUCAAAAUAA